GUCGCAGGUCACGUGACGGGAAGCACUGCAUUUUCAGCUGAAAACGAGCUAGGAUAGUCGGGAAUCGCAUAUCCAGGAGUUAAUCCCGGUAUGGGGGACAUGAAGACCCCAGAUUUCGAUGACCUGUUGGCAGCAUUUGACAUUCCUGACAUAGAUGCCAAAGAGGCCAUCCAGUCUGCCCCAGAUGAGGCAGAGGGACCCCAUGGAGUUGCAGGUGCACCUCUGGGAAAGUCGGAUGGUGGAGUGGGUGUUGGGUCAUCCUUAAGACCGCCGAGCCCCUCAGACCCCCAGGCGGACACCUCAAUUGUUAGUGUGAUUGUGAAGAAUAAAGUCUGCCUCGAGGCUGCAGAUGGAGAGGAGGGAGACACAGACCAGGACCCUAUCGAUGUGAUCGCAGGGGUAGAUGUGGGUCCAAGACUAGGUGCAUGUGCCCCUGGAAUGGCUGAAUCUGAGGCUCUUAACCACAACGGUUUUGGGGCAUCUAGUGUGUCCACGGCCCUCCCCCUCAGCCAGACCCAGUCUAAUGGAACGCCGUGGUCAAUAAACACCACUAAAGUUUCUUCAGAAGCACCAGGUGCCGGUGCAGCAAAGUCUCACAAGCAGGGCGGGAACAUUUUCAACAGACUUAAACCGCUUGUGGCACAGGGGUCUGGAGAUCCAGUGGGCCGGGCUAGGAAGAUGCAGCUUCUGCAGCAGCAACACCAGCAGCAGCAGGAUACAGGCCAAGAGAGGGCAGAUGGCGUCAAAGCAUCGUUACCUUCAUCUUCCUCUCUAUCAGCUGGGUCGUCUCCUCCGGCUGCAGGCGGGGCAGUCGGACUAGCCUCGUCUUUCUUUACCCCUUCCAAGCCUCUGCUUCCCACUCCACCCUCUGCCCUAUCGUCACACCCGCUGCACUCGUCUCAGCCUUUUAACGGAGCUCCCAAAGGAGGCCCUGCUGGAUUUCAGCACCAACAGAUGGAGGAUGAUGAUGAUGAUGAUUCUGACCCUGAUUUGGGGAGUCCACUGGUGAUCCAAGAGAGCCCCGACUCCCCGACAUGCACUCAGCUGAGCCGCCGUUACAAGUCUGACUCAACGCAGCCCACAUCUUCUACUACAUCUCACCCUAAACCUGGGGACACUCCUUCAGGGGCAUCUCUGACUUCAUCAACACCCCAGUCAGGCUCAACAGAGAGUCCCCAGCAGGAGGACAGACAUCCAGAACAUGUAAUCGAAGAGAGAGACUCACCAGAGAGUCCUGAACCAGAGAUGCCAAAAUCAACUACUCAAGCUGCAUUGAAAAAGUGCUCCAGCCCCGCAGUGGCCUCCACUCCUCCUCCUACUGAGCUGCGGGAACCCAAAGAGGAGGAGGAAGAGAUGGAAGUGGGUAAUGGGAUAGAGAAGGCUAUCGAUGGAAAAGCAGACAAGGGAGAUAAUGGGAGAACAAGUGAGGAGAAGAUGGAGGUAGAUGAUGGCAAGCUUAAAUCUCUGUCCAUUGAUGGAGGAGAAGCAGGCGUUGCUGCACCUGCUGCUUCUGGAGCUCCAGCCCGACCCCUCAAAGUCAGAAUAAAAACGAUUAAAACCUCCACAGGCGGAAUCACCAGAACUGUCACAAGGGUAGCUCCUAAAGGUGGUGCUGCAGGAAAAGGUCUGGACCCCAAAGCUCAAACUGGGGAACGCAAGGUGUUGGGAAACAAGAGCCAAAAACUUGAAGCUUCCUCAGGUCACAUGACAACAAACUCCCAGAAAGUAAGUGCUCUCAAUGCUCUGCCUGUGUCUACGCUGGCAGCCAGCAGCGUGAUGCUAGCUGCUGCCACCAAGGUCCAAAACAAAAUGGCUGCAUCUGACAAGGCCAAGGUUUCUGCCACUGCUGUCAGCAUCACUAAAUCUGCUGCUCUGCCUGCAACUCCUGCCGUGGCCUCCUCUCCCAAGUUCUCAGUUGCUGCGGGUGGGAUCAGUGUGCGUACAUCCACUAACAAGACAGCCAACGGCGGUGGCGGCACCAUCAUUGGCGGCACCCUCCAGCCAAACAAACCGGCCUCCAUUGUCAACAGUACAGGGGCCGUUAUCUCCCGCAGUCAGUCGAGCCUGGUGGAGGCUUUUAACAAAAUCCUGAACAGUAAGAACCUUUUACCGAGCUACAAGCCUGACCUCUCGGCGCCUCCUCCACCUGAGUGGGGUCUCCCGCUCCCAGCCACAGGGUACCGCUGCCUGGAGUGCGGGGAUGCUUUCGCCCUGGAGCGUAGCCUGGCUCGACACUACGACAGACGAUCACUCCGCAUCGAGGUGACCUGCAACCAUUGUGCCAAGAGGCUGGCCUUCUUCAAUAAGUGCAGCCUGCUGCUGCAUGCCAGGGAGCACAAGGAGCGUGGGCUGGUCAUGCAGUGCUCGCACCUGGUCAUGAGGCCCGUCACUGUGGAGCAGAUGAUUGGUCAACAGGACAUAACACCCAUUGGUGUCUCAUCUCCUUCGACCACGUCCGGGGGCCCCGGCGUCUCUGCCAGCUCCAGUCCAAUGAAGGAGGGCUCAGCUCCAGCAACAGCUCAGCCUCGUCCUGUCCGCCGUGCACCCCAGGGCCCCCAAGCACUGAUGCCUCUGCCUUGCAAGAAGGCCGAGGUUCUGCAGUAUAACAGCUACAAAUGUCCGGAGUGCCAAUCACAAUUCUCGGGCAAGGCUGAGCUGGUCACCCACUUCCAGCAGAUCAGAGCUGCUCCCAACUCAACAUGUACGCAAUGCUCACCUCCCAUGAUGCUGCCCAACUCGUGUGCCGUGUCCGCCCACCAGAGGAUCCAUAAACACAGAGCGCCUCAUGUCUGUCCCGAGUGUGGGGGGAUCGCCCGGCAGGCCAGCUUCCAGACCCACCUGGAGGAGGCAUGUCUGCACUUUGCCAGGCGCAUUGGAUACAGGUGCUCGAGCUGCCAGGUCGUGUUCGGAGGGUUGAACUCCAUCAAGUCCCACAUUCAGACCGCUCACUGCGAGGUCUUCCACAAGUGCCCCAGCUGCCCCAUGGCCUUCAAGUCUUCCCCCAGCGCCCAGAGCCACAUCAGCACCCAGCACCCAACGCUCACUGGAGGACAGGCCAAAAUGAUCUACAAGUGUGUGAUGUGCGAUACGGUUUUUACCCAAAAACCCCUGCUGUACAUGCACUUUGACACCCAUUUAGCCAAGCAAAAAGUGCACGUGUUCAAGUGUCCUGACUGCACCAAGCUCUACGCCCAGAAAGGAUCAAUGAUGGAACAUAUUAAGACGGCUCACAGAGGACCGUCAGCCAAACAGACAGAGUCUCAGCCCGAUGCCUCGAACUCUGCCUCGGCCCCGACCAACACAUCCGGCCCCUCCGGCCCCAAAUCAAAAUCCUCCGGAAAACCGGACAACUCUGACGGAGAGGACUGGGGUCGGGACCAGGAGGAGGAAGACGACGAUGAGGAGGAGGAGGACGACGACGACGACGGGGACCAGGACUACGAGGCUCCAGGGGCUAACUCGACCGCCGCGGGCGGCAGCAGUCAACCCCCCGCCCAGACUGAGUGGACCUGCCCCCAGUGUCAGUCCACCUUCACAGACAACGACGACUAUUUGAGUCACGUGAAGACAGAGCACGGCAAGUUUCCUUGUCGUAUUUGUGGCGGCACGUUCAGCACGUCUUCCAGCCUGAGACGUCACGAGCGUGUCAUUCAUGAGGGCAACAAGAGAGUCUUCCACUGCCAAUAUUGCACAGAAGGGAAACGCACCUUUGGUAGUCGAUUCUUACUGGACAAGCAUAUUCGGCUCCAUCACAGAACCACAGAUGGACAGGAAAGACCCAUGACCAGGAAGCGAGCAGCCACAGGGGGAGAAGGACCAGGCAGCUCCUCAGAACAGGACGGUGAGGGCGGCCCUCCUGGAGGCAGGGCAGGAGGCGAAGAAGAAAACACCCCUGAGGACGGUGAGGAGGGUGCUGCAGGUCCUGCAGGUCCUACAGGUCCUACAGGUCCUACAGGUCCUGCAAAGAGAACCAGGGCGUCCAUGGCACCCAACGAGCUUGAGGAGGAAGACAACAUUUUCCGCUGCGUCCCCUGCGGCUUCUCCACCGAGGAUGGAGCGGAGUUUCAGCGCCACAUCCCCCAGCAUCGGGCCGACACCGCCUCCUUCCAGUGCCUGCAGUGCGGCGUCUGCUUCGCGUCAGCCGGCUCUCUCAGCAGGCACCGCUUCAUCGCCCACCGCGUGCGGGACGCCCACGGCGAAGCGGACCGCGGCACCCAGCGCGCCCACAGCACUCCCGACGGCUCACCCGCCGGCUCCCCUCAGGCACAGGGUGAAGACGGAGAUGGGAAUCUGAUCUGCAAGGUGUGCGGCCGGCGUUUCGACAAGGCCUCGGACCUCAACACCCACUUCAGGACCCACGGCAUGGCCUUCCUCACCGCACACAAGACGGACAAGCCCCAGUAGAGAGGAGGGGCGGGGUCUUCUGAGACUGACAGAUCAUCUCCAAUGAGGAGUUUGGGGGGGGGGGGGGUGUCACAAUGGAGGAAGAGAGGCUGUAGAAUAUGAAUGUUGAUCCCGAGAUGAAACAGUUGUACUCUGAUCUACGGCACCGCCUCUGUGCGAUUGUAACUGCAUGUUUGGUCCUUUUACUGGUCACUUAACUGAACACACCUGUGAUAGACUCUUGAGUAGAGAGACUCAAACAGCCCUCUGAGUAAAGCAUUUAUAUAUAUAUCAGCCAUACUGUAUUUGAUACGUCUUGUCCUUCCAUCUCAAUCACUCUGCACUGACUGUAGCCACCUGUUUGUUUUUUAGUGUGCCACACCUAAACACGUACACCUCCCACCGUACAGGAGUGACGAUAUUUUUGUACCUAACCUAUCGUUCGUGGUAUUCACUCAUUCGCCUCAAGUCCACGCUCAUUAUUCCGGCAUGAGAUGGGUUUUAAUGGCUCCGAGAGAUUUUUAAAACUCAUCUCGACAUCUGAAGCAUGAAGGGGAGUGUUUGGAGAGAUUAACACUGAUUUUUAUGUUGCCAUAAUAUUUAUUUAUAUGAAAACACACUGCUGUUGGUAUUUGUGUGAAUCGGUUGCGUCAAGUCGCACCAGUUGUGGCGACUUCCCUACAGCAGAGACAUGAGAUAAGAAUCUCUGAAGACAUCUCAUUUGGAGACGAGGUUAUUGGAGGUCCAUAACCUGUGUGGUGUGAACAAUGUGUGAUGUUGUUAAUCGUUAAGCUAGAAGAAGAGAGGUCAGGCUUCCUGCCAGUAGUAUACGUGUACGUUUUGACAUGUAAAUACAUAUUACACUAAAAAGAAAGCAUUCUGGUUUUAGUAACGUGCUAUGAUAAUGUGAAUACGUAUAGUAUUUGUACUUGUACCGUUCCCCUUUUCUCCAAACAAUUUCAAGUUUAAAAGAAUUCCCCCCCAGAGGUAGCUAUACAUUGUAAUUACAAAGCAGAGGGAGAUAUGUGGGGUUGUGUUGUCUUAAUGUGUAUGAAUACAAACGUUUUUUUUUUGUUUGUUUUUUAUCUACAGAUUCAGUGCUUGCUGUACUCACAUUUCUUUUGUAUGUUUCAAAAACAGCCUUCAUGGUCACGUGACGGACGCCUAAGAGUGGAUUUUCUUUUGUUUGUAUCUUUUAUAUGUCAUAAUAUCAUAUUUAUAUAGCUCAAUAGUGGACAUUUCAUGUCAUUUUAUUUUCCAUGGUCGUGGACUGCUUGCUGAAAUGCCAUACACUUUUGUGCUGUUUUUGAAAUAAAUGUGUAAAAGAGAA